AUGGCUCGCCCCCUCGCCCGGGGAUGUCAUUGGACACCAGCCCUACCUGCAGAUGACGGUACCUUCACUGGCCGGCCAAUGCGAGGCCGCCGACCCGGUAUCAAGGGUGGUGGCCCUUUCCCUUCCCGAACCCCAAAGCUCAACGAGCAGGGCACUAUUUGUCACCUGGGCAGAAAGCUAUGCGCGUAUUUAAAGGCGCGGGAGCCUCCGUUUACUUUGUGGUCACGGGAUCAGAGAGCCCAGCGCAGUGGGAGCGUGUAUGCGGGUCGCAGAAUCCAAUUUCAACGUUGGAGUAUCUGCGUCCGGAGACUACGGCACCCAAAUUCAGCCAGCGACGGCACUGACCCGCGCUCGAAUGCUCCAUAA